CAGCAGUAACAUGAACAGAGGCAGUCGGCUCGGGAACGGGAUGGUGGAAGAGGUCAAAGGUCUCUCCAGACCGUCCAGGAGGCCUGUGAGGGUGGUCAGGCCGGUCAGCGCCAUCAGCUCCAAUGGUUCGUUCCUCCAGAUCAACCAUCUGCAAGGAGAGCUGGUCAGAAAGAGGAAGGAAUGCGAGGAUCUGAGGAAAGAAAACAAGUACUUAUCAAAUGAGAUCCACAUGGAGCGGAUCAUGAUGCGCACAGAGAAUGAGCUGACCAUGAGGAACCUCAGGAACCUGAACCAGGAGCUGCAGGCUCAAGUCAAAGAGCUGAAGCAGAAGCUGUAUCAGAGCCAGCAGAGGGCGACGUUGUGCUCACGAACUGUGGACGAGGCAGAGGAGUCCAGACGGGAAGCAGAGAAGAGCAGGGCCCUGGCUGAGGCCCGGGCCCUUGGGUGUCAGCGGGACAAGGAGGUAGCAGAGGCUGACAGGGGCCGUCUGAGUGAAGAGCUGCAGCAGCUCAAAAAAGAGCACACUGAUCUGCAGCUAUUACUUGCACAAACAGAGAAGAGUUAUUUUGAGACCAAGCUGAAGUUGGACCGGGUGUCUGGGGAGAAGCAGGCCCUGCUGCAGGAGAACAGGAGUCUGGAGGGAGACAGAGACAACCUCCGACACAAGCUGAGACAGACCACAGAGGAAAAUGUCAAGUUUAAAGAGAGUGAGGUGAAUUCGAGGCGCAGAGCGAUGGCAUCGGAGGAGGAGAGCAAAAAAGCCAACCAGGCUCAGCGAGAGGCCGAAGCAGAGAGGCGUCUGGCCGAGAAGGAGAGGCAGGAGAGAGCGGCCGAGUGUCUCAGCUGGAGAGAGAAGCACCAGGAGCUAGCCAACAGGUUCAGAGAGCAGGAGGACCUGAAGUCUCUCAGGCAGAGCAAAGCAUGUCAGGCCAACAUCAAGAGUUAUUUCCUCUGCAAGACAGAAAGCGAUCAGCGGGUUAAAAUUCUCCGAAAUCAAGACGGCACCCCGAGAAACUUCACGGAGGGAGACCCUGUGUACAUCUCCACCCCUGAGUCCAGUCCUGAAGAGUCUGACAGGAGUUCGUCCAGGACCAUGCUCCGGGUCUCUGCUCCUCACAGCGGGAGGGAUCUGGGUCCGAGUCACUUCGAUGACCUGCCCGCCUUCGCAGGAGAGCGACCCGACUCUGCCCCUCAGCGCAGGAGCAGGAAGGUGGUGGAAUACUUCUGGAUCCCUACAGACCAGGAGUAGUCGACGUUUAACACUUUGUCAUAACAAAAGAAGGGUGAAGCCUGCCUUGCAAGGAUUUCUUUUUACCCGUUCUUUAUGAGAUAUGAAGGAGAAAAGUGAUUGUUGUUGGGGAAAAUGCUGAGAGGACGUGACAGCCAUCACAACAGUACGGCCUGGAGAAACUCCUGCAUUUCCCACUUACACUUUUUUAAAUUUACUUUUAGUUUCUAUUUUGACACCAAAUAAAAUAAGAUAAAAGUAUGUUAUAGAGUUCCUCUCAUCACGUUACUCUAAAGGUGACUAAAAGCUUAUGAUGGACAGGUACAGGAUGGAUUUGUAUCUGUGGCUCACUCAAAUUGGCGACUGUAAGUUUUGCAAACUCACAAGUGUCAGAUUUAAGUAUUUUUAAAAUGAGCUCUUGUUUGGUGACACUCAAGGGCUCAUGAUCGACCUCUAAGUUCUUGGAAUGUUGAAUCUAUGUCAAGGAUAGUGCCUCGGUUCUAUUAGAAUGUAGACUUAAAGAUGUUAAUUCAACUAAUCAUGUAAGGCGCAAGUCUAGGUAGUUCAGUGGAGUUAUGAAAAGUCAUAGAUGUAAAGGUGUGUAACAGAGUGAGAAGCAUUUUGUUGGAACAUGUUCCGUGCAGGAGUGUAAAUAAAAGUGAAGAGCAGUUUUGGUGCUCAUGUACUGGACUUUAUUGACAUUAAAGCAAUAGAGGUGCACAAUAAUUCUGAAUACCUUACAAUAUGAUCUAAAUCCAUUGCCUUCUACAUGAACAUGGCUUGUGAGCACAAUUCUUGGAUAAAACCUGUUCUUAAUCAACUGUUAGACUAAUUUUAGUGAGAGGGGUCGAGCACAACCUACCUAAAGGCUUAGAUUUCCUUUUUGCUAAUUUAAGAAAAACAUUUAAAAUUCCUUGCUUCAUGUUUCAUGCUGACCAAUCAAAAUACACAGGCCACGUUCACACCGUCACUCCCAAGUUCAGAGCGACGUGCCACACUGAAACCUUUUAAUGGGUACGUUUUUCAGAAGACGCCGAGCUGUCGAAUCAAUAAAAACAAGCUUUUUUUCCCCCCCUCCCCUCUUUCGUUCUUAAAACUUGUAAACCAGGCGAAGCUUCAUAGGAAAAGUCUGCUUCAGUAAAUUUAUUGUGCAAUUAAGCCAGGACUAAAUCAAAUACUUCAGCAUGUGCUUGGGCUCUAGGUUCUUUCUAGAUUUCAUUAUCCAUCCCAGCACGACAAAAACAAACAAAAGCCCAUCUAACUAAGAGGUAGAAACACAGGCAACUUUGAAAAUGUUACGGCGGCACAGCAAUGAUGACAACUUUUUAAAAUAUUGUAACAUUUGGAGGAUGAGUAUUGCAACCACUUAUGUAAUAAGACAACAAAGAGAGACAUAACAAAAGGGGGGCAGAAACAAUCAAAACAAUUGUUCUUUUUUUUUUAUGGGUCCACUAAGCACACACCUCAAGUCAAUUUUUAAGUCUUGCUGGCUAACUCACUUCAGUGUGCCCCCUCUUGGCAUUCAUCAUACGUUCCCAAACAAAGGCGGAGUGUUACAUAUCGUCUUUGAUUUUCACUAAAUGCUGUGCUGCAGCCUGUCUGGUGAUUUUAAAUCCCCCUCUCUUGUUUCUUAAGGUCACAUAAGAGGUGUUAUGGAAGGGGAAUUCAGGCUUACAGAUGAUCACAGGGCAGCUCACUGAAAAGACCUUUUUGUUAAUGUUCUUACGCCGUUAACUAGCAUUAGCAAAGAUGAGCACUUAUUUGAUUUAUCUGGAGGGGAAAUCCUACAUGUUCUUAAAUAAAGCCGUUUCCUAUGGAGGAAGGUUCAAAUCAAUAAAAAUCAAGUGAAAGUGAAAAACAUGCAAUGCAGUAAAAAUAAGAAAAAGUUACAAACUCAAUACAGUCAGAGCAAGAAAAAAAAAAAGAAAAAAAAAAAAA